CUCUUAACUGCCACAAUGUAGAUCGCGAGUCUUUACAAAAUAAAUAAAUACAUAAAAAUGCGUUGUACUUUAAAGCCUUGCACUGAAGCCUGUCGACUCGUUAGAUUCAUUAGAAAUCACAGCAAAAUUUGUAGUUACAGGAGACAGACAGAGAAAUUAUUAGGCAAAUGAUGCUGAUGCAUGAGAUACUUUGCCAGCAAUUGCGACAAAUCCAGAAUUGGCGCUAUAGCACAAGCGCCGAAAGUGUUUGGAGUUGUCGCCAUCGCUGGCUUUCCGAACGCGAACCUGCCGGGCAGGAGUUACAGCAUAGUUGCUGCUCGGAAGUGACCAUCGUAGCCAAGCCGACUGUUCAGCCGAGGGACAGCACUUGCAUUGUUCCACUGCUGCACCUGUGGAUGCGGCUCAAUGACAUCUCGACCAUCAGUCGACUGCGCAGCCUGCAUCGGCUUCGCUUGCAGCAACGUUCGCUGUGGCACAACUUAGGUCAGGUCGUCGCAUUGCACUGGAACAGUUUCCGUGGCAAGGUGUACGCAACACCCUCAACUCCAUCUGCUGUCGCUGAUGCUGCCACACAAACGGUUAAAAGCUUUCGGAUGAAGCUCCCGAAUGUGCUGCGGAAAAUGUUCAAAUACUUUAAGAUGAUCUCCAAGAAACUGGAAUCAGCGCUCAGCAUUCAUAUGGGUGGCAGGCCCUGCUAUAUGAACACGUCGGCGGCAAUGGAGGUAUUGAGUAUUAGUGCUAUAUCCCAAUUGAACUCUGUUCUCAUCGAUUAUCUGAUUAAUAAUGAUGAAUACAUGUCGGCCCAUUCUCUAGUACUACUUGACAUACUUUGAGUAUCAAUGAAUAAACAUUUUGUAACUUUA